AUGACUACUCAGGAGACUUUUAAGGACUUGGGGUGCAGUUCGUCGGAGGAGGACAGUAACCGCGCGGACUUGGCAGACACUCCAGCAGAGGAGAAGACAUCCCCGGUGGUGCGCCGGCAUCACCCGUUCAGUGUGGAGGCGCUUAUGUCCGGGAGGAAGACGGACGGACGUGGCGAAGAGUCCACCUGCGGUACACCGGAGAGUGGACCGGUGGUGUUGUCUCCCUCAGGAUUAAACUCUCUGUAUAUGUGCCGGGAGACGUGCAGUCCUCCUCGGGGAAGCCGAAAAAGCUUUAUGGCUUCGCCUUCGUCGCCAGUAAAAUCCGAAACAUCAGAAUCCGAGGAUUGCACACCAUGGGUCACCAACAGCGCGUUUUCUGCACAGCCACGUCACAUCAAUCCCUCCUGUCAGUUGAGGAAGCACAAGACCAACCGAAAGCCCCGCACUCCCUUCACCACGUCUCAACUACUGGCCCUGGAGAGGAAGUUCAGACAGAAGCAGUAUCUGUCAAUUGCAGAGCGGGCGGAGUUCUCGUCCUCCUUGACCCUGACAGAGACCCAGGUGAAGAUCUGGUUCCAAAAUCGCCGGGCAAAAGCCAAGAGACUCCAGGAGGCCGAGCUGGAGAAACUCAAGAUGGCUGCUGACGCCAAGACUGCAGCAGUGGCAGCUGCUGCUGCUGGAGCUUUACACCCUGGCUUUACGUUACCGCUGUCAUUGGGCGCCAUGUCAUUAUACGGACAGUCAUACUCAGCCUACCAUCAGCAGCACAGACCCAUACUGCCCAUUUCACCUUUAGGACUGUACGCUGCUCCUCUGGGCUACAGCAUGUACCACUUGUCGUAA